AUGCCUUGGAUAAGACUCUUCAGAGCCGUGAAUAUAUCCCUCCGUAUCAUGGCCUACGUGAGACACUUUCGGACUUUAGUUUCGGGAUUUUACUUCUGGGAAGCAGCACUGCUACUCAGUUUGGUUGCAACGAAGGAAACAGACAGUGCAAGGUCUCGAAGUGCCCCAAUGUCACCUUCUGACUUUCUAGAUAAAUUAAUGGGGAGGACGUCGGGGUAUGAUGCGAGAAUCAGACCCAAUUUUAAAGGCCCUGCAGUUAACGUCACAUGCAACAUAUUCAUAAACAGCUUUGGUUCUAUUGCUGAGACAACCAUGGAUUACAGAGUGAAUAUUUUUCUUCGUCAGAAAUGGAACGACCCACGUCUUGCAUAUAGUGAAUACCCUGAUGACUCCUUAGACCUAGACCCUUCCAUGUUGGAUUCCAUUUGGAAACCUGAUUUGUUCUUUGCCAAUGAAAAGGGAGCCAACUUUCAUGAAGUGACUACAGACAACAAACUGUUGCGGAUUUUCAAGAAUGGGAAUGUUCUUUAUUCAAUAAGGUUGACAUUAACACUCUCCUGUCCAAUGGAUCUCAAGAAUUUUCCGAUGGAUGUACAAACAUGUAUAAUGCAACUGGAAAGCUUUGGGUACACAAUGAAUGAUCUCAUAUUUGAAUGGCAAGAUGAGGCACCUGUACAAGUGGCAGAAGGACUCACUUUACCCCAGUUUCUGUUGAAAGAAGAGAAAGAUUUACGAUACUGCACUAAACAUUACAACACAGGAAAGUUUACAUGUAUAGAAGUGCGAUUCCAUCUUGAACGACAAAUGGGCUACUAUCUGAUCCAGAUGUACAUUCCAAGCCUCCUGAUUGUCAUUCUCUCCUGGGUUUCCUUCUGGAUCAACAUGGAUGCUGCCCCAGCCCGGGUAGCCUUGGGAAUAACCACUGUGCUGACCAUGACCACACAGAGUUCAGGAUCACGGGCUUCCUUACCAAAGGUCUCCUAUGUCAAAGCUAUUGAUAUUUGGAUGGCAGUGUGCCUCCUUUUUGUGUUUUCAGCACUUCUGGAAUAUGCAGCGGUAAAUUUUGUAUCAAGACAACACAAAGAACUUCUGAGAUUUCGACGAAAGAGAAGGAGUAAGACAGAAGCUUUUGCAUUGGAGAAGUUUUACCGUUUCUCAGACACGGAUGAUGAGAUAAGGGAAAGCCGGUUCAGCUUCACAGCUUAUGGAAUGGGGCCGUGUCUGCAAACCAAAGAAGGUGUGACUCCAAAGGGCCCCAACCAUGCUGUCCAGGUAAUGCCGAAGAGCCCAGAUGAGAUGAGGAAGGUCUUUAUCGACCGGGCCAAGAAGAUUGACACCAUCUCACGAGCCUGCUUCCCAUUAGCCUUUUUGAUUUUUAAUAUUUUCUACUGGGUUAUCUAUAAAAUCCUUAGGCAUGAGGAUAUUCAUCAGCAGCAAGAUUAA